AUGUUUAAAUUUUUAUUUACUCUGAGCAGAAGUAUUAAGCCAGUUAAUUUAUUAAGAAUGUCUGAAGAAGUCAAAAAACAGGUUGAAUCAUUAAUCUCUGAACACCAUGUAAUGGUUUUUUCUAAAACUUAUUGUUCGUAUUGCUCUAAUACGAAAAGAAUACUAGAGGAAGAGUGCAUUGAUUUCUACGCUUUAGAACUGGAUAAAAUUGACAAUGGAAAUGAAAUCCAGGGAUUCUUAUUUGAAAAGACGUCUCAAAGAACAGUGCCUAAUAUUUUUAUUGGAGGAAAACAUAUUGGGGGUAAUUCAGAUUUAGAAGCUCUUAGGACUAAAGGCGAAUUAAAGUUAUAUCUUAAAUAG